CAAAACAUAACGAAUGCCGAAUUUGAAACCUAUACAACAAAGACCGGUUUUAAAGGGUCCGAUGUACCUGCUCUUGUUUUGUAAACCUGCCUUGCAAAGUGCACUUUUGCAUUUUAGUUAGCUGCAUGUGAUGUGAACGUUUUGUGUAUUUUGAAAGAAUUAACGAAUUUGGACCGGAUUUGCCGCCAAUGUGACUAUCAACGGCUUCAACUGUCUGUCCAUCUUGUUUAUUGUUUAAUGUAACACUUUAAAAGGAAAAAAAGAUGACUAGCGGCGGUAUUCAAUUGGCCGACACGCAAACCCCCGUCGACUGUGGGACCUUUCAGUCACAGGAAAUCCAGAAAGCUACAAAAAUCUACGGAAGACUGUCUUCCUGCACUGUGUACCUUCACUCUAUAGUUUUAGAUAAGCCUCGUUACGUGUUAGGACGAGGCAUCGAUUGUGAUUUAGUUAUACAUCCCAGUAAUUUUCCUCCGUUAAGCAUUAAGUCAGUCAGUAAAUACCAUUUCGAGCUGGUGUGUGAUAAAGACGAGCGCGUGUACAUAAACGACCUGAGUAAGAAUGGAACGUUUAUCAACUCCCAGCGUGUGAGCAAAGGAUGCCGGCGUGCCUUGUACCAUGGUGAUCAGAUCGCUAUUGGGACCUCUUCUCUGAGAAUUUACGUUUAUAAGGAAAAUGACAAAAUCUUGGAUUUGCCAGCGGAGUUAAAGGGCUAUAAGAUCUUGAGGCAGCUGGGUAGCGGGAGUUAUGGCGAAGUGUGGCUUGCGGUUCAGACGACAACCAAUAAAGAGUACGCAAUAAAAAAGGUAAUUAGGAGAAACGAAAAUCAACCAAAUAAUGGGAAUGAUUCGUGGAGAAUGGAUAACGAGGUUAGAAUUCUUCAGUCGAUCGAACAUCCGUGCAUAAUCGGCAUAAAAGAAGUCGUCAACACGGAUGACGCCGUCUUUAUGGUGUUGGAGUAUAUGGGAGGCGGCGAGUUGAGUAGCUUAAUGUACGCGUCUAAUAGUCCGUUACCUGAAAACGUGGUGAAGCCGAUCUUCUACCAGCUUCUAUUGGGUAUUAGGUAUUUGCAUUUACGUAAUAUCACCCAUCGCGAUAUCAAGCCGGCCAACAUUUUGCUGCAAUCGCAUCAAUUGCCGCCCAUCGUGAAAAUUGCCGAUUUCGGAUUGAGUAAGCUCAUCGAAAGUACAUCACACAUGCAGACGGUUUGCGGAACGUUGGCGUUUGUGGCGCCCGAAAUUAUCGAUCCAUGCUAUGGGCCGUACACUCAACAAGUAGACGUGUGGAGUUUAGGUGUGGUUUUGUACGCGAUGCUUUCAAACAAGUUGCCGUUUAACGCGGCGGAAGACGGAGAUAUACGAAAGACGAUCCUGAAUAGUCAACUGGAAAUGGUGACGGGGGCGUGGACGUAUGUGUCGAGCAAUGGGAAAGAUCUAAUAAAAAAAAUGCUAAUGCGAAAUCCGGAGGAUAGACUGACGAUCCAUCAGGUUGCAGACCAUCCAUGGUUGGCACGGGACAAGGCCAUGUUGGAAGGUGUGAAGCAGAUGUUGAAAGACAACACGUGCCAACAUGAACCGCGUCAGAAAAAAAUAAAGCUCGAAUAGAUCUGCUACAGUAUUCAGCGUUCUGGUUACAUUUGUUUUGUUUAUUAUUUUUGUGUAGUAUGUAAGUCCUAAAAACUUGACGUAAAAUGUUAAGUGUAAGUGAAAACUAUGGUUCAUAUUGAAUACCAUUUCAGAUGGCGCCUGUACAUGUUCAUUCAUUUUAGAAUGCGUUAUUGAUCUCCACAGUAUUUUAGAAAUAGUUUAACGUUUUCUAUUCGCCUUCUGGUCAGUGUUUGAAGUAGUUACAUAUUAGUUGCAUUCUAUUUUUUCAAAUUAGUUAAUAUGCACACAACAGUAUUUGCGGGUCCAAUUCACUUACACUUGCUUUAAAUGUGCUCUCUAUUCAAGUGCAAGAAAUAAGUGUAUGUGAUAGUUAUUGUUUGCAUAUUAAAUGUAUUUUUAUAUACUUCUACAUUUACAUGAUAUUCUUACGCGUUCCAUUAGUUAUUAAGCAUGUAAAGCUAUAUCUUUACUUGUUCCAUUAUUUGUUUUUGUGUUUAUGCAAUUAAAAUGAUUAUAUAUCUCUC